CCCCCCGCCAGGUUUCAGUCGGACUCGUUUAUAAGAGCAGCUGUUGAAGUUGUCACAACUCCGUCACUUCUCUAAAAGUUACUACUCUCUCAUUUGAAUUGGGAGCAAACAACAAGAGGCAAUCAUGCCGAGUCGAUCCGCGCAGGACUGGAUCCGCUUGUCCCUGCGCACACCGGGCAUCCUGAUCUUCGGGAUGGUCUUGGUUCCCUGCGGCUGGGUGCUGAACCUCACCGCCACCGUGGCCCCCAACUGGAGGACCCUCCACGACAUCCCCAACACCCCGUCGGUCGAGUUCAUCGAGCAGGGCAUCUGGGACAUCUGCAGGACCACCACGAUCUCCCAGAGGCCGGAGUGCAACCUGCAGGACACCACGUACUUCAACAACCAGAUCAUCGAGGUGGCGCAGGGGCUGAUGGUCGCCUCCCUGAUCGUGACCCUGAUCGGCCUGGCCGUGGCCAUCCCGGGGGUCCGCUGCUGGAAAUCCGAACCCAACUGGACGGUGGCCGGCCUGGGCGGACUGCUCUUCUUCCUCGCGGGCGUCAUGACCAUCAUCCCCAUCGCCUGGUACACCCACAUCAUAGACGACGUCGCCACGGUGUCCCCGGUGAUCGACGUGCGCGUCGGCUACUGCAUCAUCCUGGGCUACAUCGGCGGGAUUUUCGAAGUGCUGGGGGGCUUCGUCAUGUUCAUCGGCAUCUGUCGCUGCUGCGGCGGGAAGAACCGAGGCGAGAGGCGGGUCGAGGACGUCAUGGGCCCGCAGUUCACCCAGAAGCCGCCGCCGAGACCCGUCAUCGUGCCGAGCCUGAACCGGGCCAGGAGCAACGUCAGCAGCGUGCCUUACUCACAGGACGAUGAUGUGUCCUUCCCCCGAGCCAAGAGCCCCGCAGCCCCGUCAGCCAACAGCUCGUACAGCGGCAGACCCUACGAUGCUGACUUGUGAGAACAUCUGGACGCACACAUCUGGACAAAAGGGGAAAAUCAACUUGAAGAUGGGCUCAACAAAGAGGAACGGAGAGUGCACAUGAUUCCAGGAAGAAGUCAUGGUACUAACAAAAUGACUUAACAUCUAUAUUAUUAAAAAAAGCCUAUUCAUGUUCAGGAGUUUGACCUUUAAGUCACCAUUGUUGUGUCUGGUGUGAAACCAGAUGUGAAAGGAAUAUUUUAUCCACAGAUCAAACACCUUAGAUAUAGUUCGAAUAGAUGUGAACUCACUUUUACAUGAAUGAAGAAGAAUGAAUUAAACUAGACCAGAGUAUUGAAGUGUUUGAAGGCAUUGAAGUGUUUGAAGGUAUUAUAAGAAUAAUGUGUUCAAUCUUUAAUAAGAGGUCAAGGCUACAGAUUAGAGUCAUUAUGAGCUUUUACAUCAUUACACUCAUGUGCCUCUAGCUGUGCAGUAGAAUGUUGUAGUGAAGAAUUUAAGGAUAUUACAGCGGAAACAGAUUAAGUCUGGAAAGUGAAGGAUUCUCUAUGAUUAACUUCUUUUAGUGAAUCGUGAAAAGAAGAUCUAUUUUGCCUCGUCUGUCUUUUUACAUUCUGCAAAUGAUGCUGUACUCCAUUUGUAAAUAUUUCUCUGAGGAGCAUUUUAUUCCCCCGUGUUCACUGGCUAAUGCAACUUCUUUUUUAUGUAAAUACUGUAUUCUUAAUGCACUUUACAACUAUGGCCGAGCUCAUAGAAGGAUGGGCCACGUGUUGAGAAACAUCCUGAGCUGAUCAAUAUUGUCCCCGUGCAUGGCUCUGUGACACAAGUGCUGUUUAUUAAAUGUUCACUUUGAAUAAUAA